AUGUUGGGGCACCUCACGGACAUAUUCAUCAAGGGGAAAGGCAAGCCGGAGAGGCGGGAGUUUGAAAGGACACGGGCGAACUAUGCGGCGUUCGAGAACCGAGGGAUGAUGCAAGUGAUGCCCAUUCUCAUCGCGGACAGCAUGGACGGCUGCAAGCCGGCGGAGGUGGAGCAGCGGACGAAGGAGGUAUGGGCGUUCAGGAAGUACGCAAUGUUCUACAAGGCACUGGUGGGCGUCGCAAAGCACACGGAGCAGACGCUGCGUGAUGUCCGCACGGCUGCCUACGCGAUGAUGGACGCUAUCGGGGAUGCUUUUCCGGAUCAGAAGUCGUCGUGGAACUUUCCGAAGGUGCACCAGAUUGUGCACCUUAUUGAUGCCAUUCCCCUCCGGGGGAUGCCGUGGGAGUACUCCACCAACCUCUGGGAGCACACGCACAAGGGAACAGUGAAGGUCCCGGUCCGGGGCAGCAACUGGAAGGACAUUCCACGGCGCAUCGUGGAAGAAGAAGUGCAGCGAGAGAUCACUCGGGAGGUGGCGGCUCUGGCGGGGGGGGGGGGGGGGCGACAGUACGUGACGGCGUUGCGCGAGGCCGUCCGGCUUCAAGGGCACGUGCUGACGCGGCGGUCGCGAUGUGCCAAUGUGCGGAACGAAGAGGACCCCGUUCUGUGGGAGUAUCGUGCACACGGCGCUCCGAGAACACGUGGAGGGGAGCUGGUGGCCAAGGGCACAUUUGUGAAGGCCAGCCCAUCUGAGAACUGGUUCUCAGAUGUGGCAGUGAAGGCUGAGGAGAAGAAGGAGAAGGAGAAGGAGAAGGAGAAGGAGUGGUACGCACGGUGCUUGUGCGUGUUCCGUGCGAAGAACGCAGAAGGAGAGGAAGGGGCGUACGUGUACGUCAAGUAUUAUGAGGCGGCGGGCCUAUGCCCAGUCACUACAUGUGUGCAGCUGACGCCUGGGAGGGUGGACACCCGGUACGCUGUGGUGGACGUGGAGUGCAUCAAGCGGGUGGUGCACGUGUGCAAGUCUUACGUCAACAAGAAGGUGGUGCUGCUGAACAAGUUCCUGUUGUGCGAGUAG